GGGGAGCAGACUAGAUCACUAUCUCCCCUGCUCUACAUGGGCCCUGUUUGACAGGUGACAUCAGGUGGCUUUUUUGCCCUAUGUAUGCCUUGCAGAACACUUAGUGGAGGCCAUUGUGAAAAGCAGGUCAGCUUGGCUUGGACAAAAGGGUCACAUCGUCCAAAUGUGGAGGUCUAGGAGUAUAAAGUUUGCCACCUAUCAUAGAGAAUGACCAAGAGCACAAUGCAGGUACUAAUUUCAUGUAUGGCACAUUUCACCCAGAAGAGAGUAAUCCAGGUCAGGUGCCCUCCUUUUACCGCAUGGUCCCCACUGAAGCCCCACAAUAUAUGGGGAUUGUCUGGCUACUUCAGCAUUUUGGAUGGACAUGGGUUGGACUCUUUGUUGUAGAUGGUGCCACUGGAGAAAAUUUCCUGCAGACCCUGGAACACUACUUUUCCCUGCAUAAUGUAUGUUCAGCUUUCACACAGAGACUCCCAGAACAAGCAAAUCUGAAGGGCUUAAAUGCUUUUCCUUCCAUUUCCUCACAUAUAUAUGUACAUUACAUUAAAACUACAGCUAAUGUUUUCAUUUUGUAUGGAGAAAAUUUAACAUUUACAUGGCUGAUGACUGUUUUCUUUUUUUUGGGAGACCCUCACAAGGGAAAAACCACAUUGUUGGGAAAGGUGUGGAUUAUGACAACCCAGAUUGAUUUUAUGUUAUCAGGCCUUCAAAGAACCAUGAAUUUACAGCAGUUCGAUGGUGCCAUUUCUUUCACCAUUCAUUCAAAAGACCCCCCAGGCUUCAAAGAAUUUCUCCAAAACAUUAAACCGUACAAGAACAAAGGAGAUGGUUUUCUCAAAGAUUUUUGGGAGCAAGCAUUUGACUGUUCCCUUCCCAAUCCUGGCAUACCAACAGAAAACAGUUGUAUGGGAGAGGAAAGUCUUGAGAGUCUGCCUGAUGCUCUCUUUGAAAUGCACAUGACGGGCCACAGCUACAGCAUCUACAAUGCUGUGUAUAGUGUAGCACAUACGCUGCAUGUUAUUGACACAUCUAGAUCCAAUCACAAAGCAAUAUUGGCUAGCAAAAAGUUUGAACUUCAGCAUCUCAAGCCUUGGCAGGUAAUGUCUCAAAGUUCGUUUGUUUUCAUUAUUAUCAUUUCACUGAAUGUACUAUUGCAAAAUGUGAUUACAUAUUAAAUCAGGAACUUAUUGCAAAGGCAC